UCUCAUUGCGUUCCAGAAAUCAACAGGUAUGUCUGUGAUUGGCUACAUUGCUAAACGCUGCAAAAACAUGUUAUUAGAAACUCUCCUUGAGCCCGUAAAGCGUUUUUAUUUGAUCAUAGUUGGGGGGUUUUUAAUAGCUCAUUUUUUAUAGCUCAUUUAUUACAAACAAAUUAUUAAAUGAUAAAAAAAAUUAAUAAAUGUACGUUAACUGAAAAAUUUGCGUUGCAUUUACUGUCCUAUGAAAAAGGGAGUGCUGCACCCCUACUUCCCAUGCCCCUGGACAAAGACCUAGGCUACUCAUUUGGCUGUAACUUGACAGGAACAAUGACUGAACAACAGCAAGAAGAAAAACGCUACGAUCCUAAUGACACAACGCUGAAGUUUGUAACGCGCCAGGAUGACAUAACUGGGGAUGAUGACCCCGAGACUCGUCGAGCUGAGAUGUCUUGUGGCCAUGCUGUCACUCCACAGUCACUGACUGGGUGGUGUCGAAGUCUACUUGACCAGGGUCAGCACAAGUUUAUGUGCCCUGCACUUAAAGAUGACACACUCAAAAGAUGCAAUGCAGAAUGGCCCUAUGUGGAGGUGCGGAGGUUGGCUGUACUGACACAAGAGGAACAGAGCCAUUUUGAAGAGACAAUGGCUGUCCUGGCUGCAGCUGAGUACUGUGAACACAAAACAUGUCCUGGCUGUCAAACAUUUGUUGAGAGAGCCGACAUUACCAACCUCUGUGCCAUUUGUACAAUCUGCACGGCUGAAAAGGGUCGGACAUUUCAGUUCUGCUGGCAGUGUAUGAAAGAGUGGAAAGGUCCAGGCCCUCGAUCUGACCGCUGUGAAAACCCUGGCUGCACCAAUCCUGACAUCGAAAAGCUGGCAAAAUGUCGUUAUAUAACGCUACCUGAAGUUAAAAAUGUGAGUUGUCCCUCCAUGCGAGCUUGCCCCACUUGUGGCAAUCUUGUGGAGCAUGACACAACAGGGUGCAAGAAUAUCAUAUGUAAUCGCUGCAGGGUUGAAUUCUGCUUUGUGUGCCUGAAAGUCACUCAAGAAUGUUUACAAACAAGCAGUUACUUCAUUGGCUGUUCAGCUGGAGUCGCGCCACGGCAGACUUCCAUUCCAACCUGGAAUAGAAAUUAAAAACAUUGAAGAAGCCAAACAGAAUGACACGUUUUUUGUUUUUACACGUGACAUACGCUAGGCUAUAGUAAAACGUUCCUGCAUUCUUUAUGCGUAAUAAAUAAGCUGUGAUUCUAUAUAAAAAAAGGUGAAGGUUUUUUGUUUAAUUCUGUCCAUUGUUCUUAUUCUCUAAAUAAAAUGUAUUGUGUUCAUAGAGUAGAACUGUCAUGUGGCCACCUAAAUUUGUUUUUGCAUAACUGCACUACUAUGUGAAAGUAAGUCAGUUAGCUGAGGAAUAUUGUGCAAUGGGAUAUUUAAUCAGUACUAAAAUGAAGAGCAGAAAAAAAAAUGUUAUUUUUUCAAAGUUGUAAAUAAAAAAUCAUUGGAGUACAUUUUACAAGAAAAUACUAUUUCAGGAUUGUAAUUUCAAUGUUACUUGCCAUUUCUUUGUAAUUGUUUGUGAAAUUUAAUAAUAAAUGUUGCUACACUAAAA